CGGUCUUCACUGGCCGUCAGUGCGUUCGAAGCUGGAAGGAUAAAGUGUGCCGACGUACUGUACUGUACUGUAAAGGCGAAUAAAGACACCAAGUGGAGACGUUAUCUUUGUUUUGUUUUAUUUGAUUAUUAAACCCAGAUCCGUGUUUAAUUAAUGGAGUUGCAGUAAAAAGGAGUGAUAGAAAGAUCGCCGGAGAAGAAGAGGAAGAGGAGGAUAUCCUAAGAGACAGCAGAAGGAACACUGACUGACUUUUGUUCGGAAUAGAUCGAGCUGAGAGCUACUGUAAGAUGGCGUCAGUGAAUGACCCCCGGCAGCAGACACCGGUGCAGAAGGAUGCAGCUGACCAGAACUUCGACUACAUGUUUAAACUACUUAUCAUUGGUAACAGCAGCGUAGGAAAGACCAGCUUCCUGUUCCGCUACGCAGAUGACUCGUUCACCCCGGCGUUCGUCAGCACCGUCGGCAUCGACUUCAAAGUCAAAACUGUGUACCGCAAUGAGAAACGCAUCAAACUCCAGAUCUGGGACACGGCAGGUCAGGAGAGAUAUCGCACCAUCACUACAGCCUACUACAGAGGAGCCAUGGGCUUCCUGCUCAUGUAUGACAUCACCAACCAGGAGUCUUUCUACGCUGUACAGGACUGGGCAACUCAGAUUAAGACAUACUCAUGGGACAAUUCUCAAGUUAUUCUGGUUGGAAAUAAGUGUGACCUGGAGGACGACAGACUGGUGGCCACAGAAGAUGGACAGAAACUAGCUAAUGAGUUGGGGUUCCAGUUUUUUGAGGCGAGCGCUAAAGACAACAUUAAUGUAAAACAGGUUUUCGAGCGGCUUGUUGACAUCAUCUGUGACAAGAUGAAUGAGAACAUGGAUGGACAGCCAUGCCUGAUGGCCAAUCACAAAGAACCCAGCCUCGAGGACACGCCCCCUACUAACCAAAAUGGCUGUUCGUGUUAAUGAUUGUUCGCUCUCUCUCUCUCUCUCACACAUACUAUCCUUGUGAGGACCUUCCAUUGACAUAAUUAUUAUUGGAGUUAAUUAAUGCUGUGCCUGCACCUGAACCUAACCCUAACCUCAGUAAUGAAAAGGAAACUUUUGUUUUUUAAUUAAAAACACAACAGUAAUUUCCUUGUGUAAAAUCCAUCCAAAUGUCCCCACAUGAUCAAAAUGGCCAGAUUUUGCUAUCCUUGUAGGGACAUUUGGUCUUCAGUAGUAUGUACACACACACACACACACACACACACACGCACACACACGCGCCUAGUCCAACACAGCCACACUCUAUGGAUAGACCACUUAGUAGUAAUGCAACAAAGUGUAUAGAGUAAAUGUGUAGUACAUGUACACACACAUACGCACACAGCUGUACACUACAAAAUUAGGCAUCAACCUGUCACAGUGGUUCUCAGCUGGACUUACCUCAGGACCAACAUUUGUCCUUUUUCAUUAAGUCCUGACCCAAAUGCAACCUUUUCGGCCUUCUAGUUUAUUUCACACAACGGAUACUGCAGUAAAAGGCUGCACCCAUCAUGCACUAAAACAGGAAACAAGGUAAAAUAUAAUAAGGUCUAAAAAGCUACAUAAACAUGUAAGAUUAAUAUUUGACCCACAAAGACUGCAUUAUUGAAGGCAUAAUAAUAAUAAUUUCUGUACUGAUUGAAUAGCUGGGAAAUCUCUUUGUUCCUGAUACUUAAACUUAAAGCUAAAUGAGACUAAAGCUAAGUGGGUUUCAUGCUUUUAUUUUUUUUUAUUUCAAAUGAUUUUGGGAUAAAUUAGAAAAGUUAGAUGUUUUCGAACUCAAAUCAUGUGAACAAGGGCGGCACGGUGGUGUAGUGGUUAGCGCCGUCGCCUCACAGCAAGAAGGUCCGGGUUCGAGCCCCGUGGCCGGCGAGGGCCUUUCUGUGCGGAGUUUGCAUGUUCUCCCCGUGUCCACGUGGGUUUCCUCCGGGUGCUCCGGUUUCCCCCACAGUCCAAAGACAUGCAGGUUAGGUUAACUGGUGACUCUAAAUUGAGCGUAGGUGUGAA